UUGUCCUGUCAUAACAAACAACGAAGAAGGAAAGUACAAGGUCUCAGAUGAUGACAUACCUAAAUAAUUUCAUUAACCAAACAGUGUGCUUCUUACUCGACUUCAGUCCAUAGAUAUUUAGUUAUAAAAAAUGAAUACAUGCGGACCACAGCAUUUAUCGACAAAGACAACCGUCAGUCAGCCAAGUUUGGAACGUGACUCAGGACAGGGCACAAACGCAGCCAGAAUGGAAGGCAUUAUUUUGUUUAUACUGUAUUGUCUUGAUUGUGUCGUGUCGUUCUUCCUUGCAAUUCUCUUCAUUCCCAUUUUGCUUUUGUUUCUUGGUGCGCUUAAUUUUGGAAAAUGGAUUAUUGUAUUGUAUAUAAAAAAGUACAAAAACUGCAUUCCAUUGGAUGAGGAUGAUGCUGUAUGGCAGCAAGAUACCCCAACAAAUCGUCAUAUCAUACAUGCCCUGAUGAUCCUUGAAGGUACUCCAAAUUUAGAGAAGAUAAAAAACAUCGUCUGCGAACGUAUGGUGUUUAAAGUGAAUGAAAAUGGCGAGCGCGUCUGUCCAAGAUUGACCCAAGUUAUAACACAAUGUUGUGGUCAGUUCGUAUGGAAAGAAGAGGAAAACUUUAAAAUUGAGCAGCAUAUUUCACUUUGGCAAGGGGUAGUUCCCAAAAAUAAAGAAGAGCUUGAAAAUGUCCUAUCUGAACUAGCUCCUACUCCUCUACCCAACAGCCUUAGUCCAUGGCAUUUCCAUAUCAUUCCAACAGAGUAUGAGAGACCUUCUUACGCUUUUCUAAUGCGUAUUCAUCACAGUAUGGGUGAUGGUGUUGGGUUGACUAGGGUAUUUGUGAAGAAUAUGUACGACUCUCCACCACUAGGUGGAGAGCCCAGGAAAUUCACUACCAAACAGAGGUUUUAUAUGUGGUGCAAGGCAAUGUUCAUGGGUCCCAUGUUGGUGAUAAAUAAGAUAUUGACAACAGCAGAUGAAUCAGCUCUGCAUGGCCCAGAGCUUUCUGGCGAAAAGGUUAUUGUCUGGUCCGAUGAUGUUUGCCUUGAUCUUGUUAAAGCUGUAAAAAACAAGACAAGAACGACUGUUAAUGAUGUGAUGGUAUCAUGUCUAGCUGGGGCAAUUCAUGAGUACCUCCAGAAUUAUGGACCUUCUAAAAUAGAGGACAUGUGGGCAUCUGUUCCUGUUGACAUUCGAGCCAAUAACAAGUCAUUAAAAGCUUGUAAUAAAUUUGCAUUGGUGUUUCUUCGGCUUCCCAUCGUUGCCAGUGGAUGUCUUGAAAGGUUAUACAAGUCAAAGCAGCGAAUGGAUAUAAUCAAGACAUCUGCCGAGCCACUUAUAACUGCAACAACAUGCAACAUCCUCAUGAUGAUUCCAGAGUUUAUAUCAAGGACUUUGAUAGAUUUUUUUUCAAGUAAAAUGUCUGUUGUUUUGUCAAAUAUUCCAGGUCCUUCUGAACUGUUAAGCAUUGGAGGGGAUGUUGUAUAUGAAGGUUUAUUCUUCCCUCCUGCUCGAGCAAACAUGGGAGUUGGGUUAUCAAUUUUCAGCUAUGGUGGUAAGAUGAGAGUUGGUGUUAUUACUGAUACAAAUGUUGUAUCAAACCCACGUGAAAUUACAAAGGGAUUCAUAAAGCACUUUAACAUGCUUGUCAAUACACUUGACAUUGAUAAAAACAAGAAAAAUGAAUAAUAAUCAUUUCAAACUUCGAGAAAUGAAGCAAACAGCUGUCGUAUUUUAUCUCUUAAUCCUAAAUUGGAUAAUAUACAAACUGUGAAUUUUUUCCUUUUGAAGAUUUUCAUUAUUUACAGGUAACAAAUUAAUAUUGAAUAUGUUGUGAGAAAUUCACAAUUUAGGUUUUUUGAAGUCAGCUGUUAGCUGUUUAAUGAUAAAUAUUAUCAAGCUAASAAUAAAAUAUAUAAACACUUUCAGGAAUAAACACAAGCAGGUGAAAGAAAUUCUGAUCGAUUUAAAGGUUUAUCAAUGAAGUUGAAGGAAAUGGAUAAAAAAAGUGCAGAAUAUUAGAUUAUAAAUUUUAUUUAUCUACACAGUGAAUUAAUGAAAUUUUCAUCUAUAUUAAUAAUGGAUAUAGAAUGGUAAAAAAAUACAAAACAUUGUCAUAUUUGCUGUAUUUUUUUAAUUAAUAGGAAUAUAUAAAACAGAAUGUAACUUUGAUAAAAUGCAUAGAAUGAAAGUUAUUUGGAAAAACKUCUGGUUUCUUCUAUUUAAUGUUUCACAGUCACUCAUGACAAAUGUUAUUAUUMUUUCUAAUGUGUGCUUAUUAGCAUAAUAAAAAUGAGAGCUGUGCAUCUA